CGGUCGAGCGUGCGUGCCGGAAAAAAGCCAAACAGUUGUGAGUCGACACUCUUGACAGUCCACAAUUUUCAUCCCUUUAUUUUAAGCUGUAGCCAUGGCUGAAGGGAAAGGCAUUCGUGAUCAGCUGUUGCUGGAUGUGCAAUCCCCGCCUGAGCAUGCACUGGGCAAAGUCACUGUUGUCGGCGUUGGACAGGUCGGCAUGGCCAUCGCCUUUUCAAUUAUUAAUAAGCGACUUGCUGGGGAGUUAUGUCUCGUGGAUAUGGAUGAGAAAAAACUGAAAGGCGAAUUAAUGGAUUUGCAGCAUGGUCUGCAUUUUGUUUCCCAUAUGACACUGCAAGCCAGCGUUAACUACGACAUUACAGCCGGAUCAAAAUUAUGCAUCAUCUGUGCCGGAGCGCGGCAGCGCGAAGGAGAGGAUCGACGGGCGCUGCUUGAGCGAAAUAUUGCUGUUUUUAAAGGCAUUAUUCCCCAGCUUGUCAAGUACAGUCCCGACACGAUCCUACUGGUGGUCUCUAAUCCGGUGGACGUCAUGUCUUAUGUGGCUUGGAAAAUCAGUGGAUUUCCUCACCAUCGCGUUUUUGGCUCAGGGACAUCGCUAGACUCUAGCCGUCUGCGCCAUUAUAUGAGCGAGCGUCUGAACAUUGACGUCAGCAGCUGUCAUGGGUUUGUCAUCGGGGAGCAUGGAGAAUCAAGCGUUGUGGUUUGGAGCGGUGUGAAUGUUGGAGGUGUACGUUUAAUUGAUCUGAACAAAGACGUUGGAACCGAUAAAGAUCCCGAACGAUGGUUGGACAUUCAUAAACAAAUUGUUGACAGUGCAACGGAAGUGAUCAAACUGAAAGGCUACACUUCCUGGGCCAUUGGGAUGUGCGUGGGACGUUUAGCCGAAGCGUUACUGCGCAAUCAGCGCAGCAUCUACCCGUUGUCGACCAUGGCCAAAGGUUUCCAUGGUAUUGAGCAGGAAGUAUACGUCAGCCUGCCGGCGGUGCUGGCCGAGAACGGUAUCAACGCAGUGGUUAAUAUCACGCUGACCGAUCAUGAGAAGGAGCACUUACACAAAUCCGCCAACGAGCUGCAUGAAUUGUUCAAGUCUGCCAACCUGUGAGGAGGAAAGAUUGUUAUGAGGAUUGGCGUCAGGUUAAAUUUGAUAUAGCCGGCAUCUCGCGUUUUCAUGUGUGGCUUUCCUGGAUGUGCUCGAAGAAUAAUUUAUUAAAUUAAUUGUGGUUGGGCUUUUGUGUGAAUUGUGUCUUGUUAGUGACGGAGCGUCUUCUUGUUAUUGUUAGUGAUGGCUGCUCGUGUUUAAAUAAGAAUGCCGUAUUAUUGUCAGUCUGUUAAUGUAUUUGUGACGCGAAAGACUGACAUUUCAUUUACAAUUAGCUUAAGAGUCUGAUGUUAUGGGGAAAGUUUUUCCAUACUAAUAAUAUGAUUGUCAGGAGGACGUGCGCAUUGUUUUCUAACAAUGUGUUUUGUUAGAACAAUUUUAAUCGUAAUGUAUCUCAAAAUAAAUGAAAUUACAUCCUACUGUGACGUCGUUCUUUGCA